CUUCAAGGGCUUUCAGAACAAGGUCCAAAUUACUCAGCUUGCAAGCCUUUCCCUGAUCCGGCUCCCACUCCAGCCUCACCGCCGCCACGCUGCACUCGCUCGGCUCAAACUUGAAUCCCUCGUGGUACUUGGGCGGCGCCAGGCACCCCCUCCCCGGCCCCACGCCCUUGCCUGCGCCGCUCCCCUUUUCCACUGCAGCCUCUCGUCCACCUGGUUAACCCGCAAGACGCGGUUCCAGCCGCGCUGCCCCCCAGAAUCCUCUCUCUGGGCUCCCGCAGGUGCACCCUGCGCACGCCUCGGAGCAAACGUCGACCUCGCUGUCACCUGAGAGCCCAUCCCAUUCGUGCCGCAUCCCCAGACCCGGCCGAGUAACCGGCGGCCAGAAGGGGAAGGGGGCAAGGCCGAAAGGAGCCAGCUCCGGGGAACACGUUGCUAAGCCUGGGGGUCAGCGGGGCUCCCGCCCGGGAGGAACAAUGUAACACUCACCGAGUCAGCCUAUCUCCGGGCCCCGACGGACGGCGGAGCGGGGCGGGCAGGCGGAGCACCCCAGGGCUCCCAUCAUCCUCACCCAGCCGCGCGGGCCCUUCCCGUAGAAGGCAGCAAAUCGAGCCCCCAGGAGCGUCGCGAAGGCGCGCAGGGCUCAACGACCUCGAAUGCUUCACUCCCGCCUCUUCCCACAGGGGGUCGCGAGGGGGCGGCGGCGGCGCAGACCCGGGCAGGCGCUCGAUACCCUGGGAGUUGUAGUUCACCAGGCCAGGCGGCGCCGAGCAUCCUGGGAAUUGUAGUCGCAGCUCCGAGCGCGCCCUGCGCAGGCGCAAGCCGACAGCCGCUUCCGGGCUCAAGCGUCGCGUUUCGCGGACGGAGAAAAACCCCGUGGAGUUGGGGCCGGGGCGGAGGCUCCUCGGGGGGCUCCCCAGGGCGGCGAUGGCUACCUACAGCUUGGCGAACGAAAGGCUCCGCGCCCUGGAGGAUAUCGAACGGGAAAUCGGCGCCAUUCUCCAGAAUGCAGGUACUGUGAUCCUGGAACUGUCCAAGGAAAAAACCAACGAGCGGCUCCUGGACCGGCAGGCGGCGGCCUUCACGGCCUCGGUGCAGCACGUGGAGGCGGAGCUGUCGGCUCAGAUCCGCUACCUCACCCAGGUGGCCACGGGGCAGCCCCAUGAGGGCUCCAGCUACUCUUCGAGGAAGGACUGUCAGAUGGCCCUGAAGCGAGUGGACUACGCUCGCCUCAAGCUCAGCGAUGUGGCCCGAACCUGUGAGCAGUUGCUGGAAAACUAGGCCGACCAGGUAGAGGGAGAGCUUGGACGAAGGCCACCACACGGCACCCAGGACAAAACCCGGAGACCUGUAGCGUGGGAAGUCGGGGCUGCCACAUAACGGCCCUGCUGGGCAGAGUAUCUGAGGACAAAGGGGCGGGAGGUGGGGACGGAGACACGUGAAGAUCAGGCCGGCCCGCGACGAUGCCCUGGCUCUUCCAGCAGGGUGCGCCCGCAGGUGCACACCACAAACGUGCUGACAAGCUCAGACAGAGAUUCAGACACCCAGCGCGCUUCCCCAAACACCCUGUGUCCCUACCACAGGCUUCUGCAGACUGGACCAAUGAAGACACGUUCUUCUUCAUUGAAAGAGACAAAAGAAGAACUAGGGGUUUUAAUGAUGAAAACAACAGCAACGAAAGCAAGGAGCUCAGACUCUCACUGGAACAUAUGUGGGUGAUAUGGGGAUUGAGGAAAUAAAACCAAACUGCAUGGUGCCUGCUGAGGAGGGAGGAAGCAGGGGGAGGGCCCAGGCCUGCAGUGGGGAGUCAGGGGAGGAACAGCCGGUGUGUGAAGACAGACUGGGACAAGGGGGCGGUGGGACCCUGAGCGGAGGGGCUGGAGCCAGGAACCAUGGUAAGGGAGCAAGGACAUGAGGCCAAUGUCUGCAGAAAGAAGAGUCAAUAAUUAUAAAAAUAAUCUUUGUAAUUAAACACAUAAUUUGUCUAGGGUAUUACAGUAAAAGGUAGAUUUCACAUUACAGCAUAGGAAAAAAACCCAGGAAGGGUCUACAAGAGGGCAGUGCUGGAUGUUUGUAUAUUAAACAUCAGAUAUAGCUAUGGAGUGCCAAUUAUGUGCCAGAGAUUAUUCUGAUGUAUUAAUCAAAGGCAUAUGGGGCUGAAUAAAUCACAGCGUCUGCCCUUACGGGUUUCCCACUCUCA